AUGGAAGCGUACUAUAAAGGACAACAAGAACUGCUAUUUGUCGUUCCAUUCAUUGCGAAAAUCCUGUUCUCGUGUGGUAAAACGCAGCUAUUCAGUGCCACAUGUGCUUGGAUACGUUCCAUAUUGAAAGUGUUAGCAGAACUACAUAAUGAACCAGAUUUGAAGAUCAAUUUGAAAUUCGAAAUUGAGGUGUUGUGUAAAGAGCUAUCAGUGGAUUUGGAAUCAUUACCAAUCGAAGGCUUGCUGAAAGACACUGAUCGCCUUGUGAGAGUGACGCAGCAACUAUCAGACCUGAAAACCCUCUCACAGCCCGAUCAAGCUAAUAGCAGUCCUGUCCCGGGGCAAAUGCGACUUGCCCCGGAUGCAGUGUCGGCUCCCGGAGCGGACACGAAGCCUUCGACCCCGAAUCCUGAAUCGGAAGGCUCGUCAGCAAUUGUUGAUGGCACGGCCAGUGCUGUGAUCGUACCACCGCUUCAUUUUGCUUACCAUGAUAUCAACGUGACAUCAUAUGAGGGACUUAUUCCUCAUAUCAAGUUCCAGCUGUCACUACCGUUGUUCCAGAUGCGUGCUAUGACAGCUGGUAUGGCGAUGAUCACCUGCCGUGAUCCUUUGGCUGGCACAAUGGCGUCCUUGCUGCAGCAGUCGUUCACCAAUUCUCUUCGAACAUCAAAUUCUGAACUGUCGAAGAUGAUCGAUGAAGCGGCGCGGGCAAUUACACAGGAUAACAUCGAAUUGACCACAAACUUCAUAGUGAAGACGGCGUGUGAAAAGGCCGCUGCCGAGCUGGAAAAACGACUGGAUGCUGAGUCUGCGCGACGGAUUGCCGCUCGCCGUGAAGGAACGGAAUGGCACGACCCGACUAUGGAAAAGAUUCAAGCUGAACUCCCAGCACGAAUCGCCAUUCAAGUUGGUCCA